GGCCAGGAGGAUGUCAAGAUUUGAGAUGGAGGGAAUGCCAUUGGCUAUGGUGGGGGGUGGAGUUGGCAGGGACUGGAAGGAGGGGUAGUGGAAGUCAGUCCCUGCCUACUGGCCUGUGCUGGACUCCUCAGAGAUUCAGGAAUCUAGCCCUGCCCACAGGAGCUUUCACUCUAGCAGGAGACAGGACACCAGGGAGCCACAGCAGUCAGAGAAUAAUGAGGCUCUGUUCUAGUGUUUGGUGAUGAUAUAGGAAACCUGCCCAGAACCUGUUUACCAGAUGCUCAGGGAUACUUAGAUGUGCCCUAUUCCAGAAACAUUAGGUUCCAAACAAGUUGAAAUACAGAAUACGUUUGUCCCUAAGAACGGACUUGGUGUAAUUCACUUUAACAAUACAAAAGCCUCCAAACCUCCAGCCUCCUUUGAGGUGCUGAUGGGCUUCUGGGACCUGCUGAAAAGCCAUCCCCAGCCAGAAGAAACAUGCCUGUGUCUUCUUCAGCCCCCGUCCAUGCUUCGCCCUAGAGACAAGUGCUGUCAUCUGUUUGUGGGUCUGUCUGUCUCCCCAGUGUGAGCACUGACAAGCAAGUAAAGAUGACAAUGAAGCCUUUGUGGGCACCAAAUGCUGAGAGCAUUAUUACUAAGCCAAUGGCAGCCAUGGUGACUGCAAUAAAUUUCCCCCACAGAAAUUGAUAAAUUGCCACUUUCUGCAGCCAUUGUUUGCCUUUGUAUCCCGAAGAGUAAACACCUCUCUCCCUUUCUUUCUCUCUCUCACGUGUGUGCACACAUUAGAUGACAUUUAUUCAUUUUAUGCAUCCUGGGUUCUACUGGUCGUCCCACCUCAGUUCCUGUAGUAAAGAGACUUGAGUCUGAGCCACUAAUUAUCACCAGUGAGGUUUCCUCCCCGAGCAGGAAACAGCAGGCCAGAGCUGCGCUCUCUCAGUGCACUCUCCAACCAAGCAUCAGUCACCACUCCCAGGCCAGUCCCUGUGGCCAAGAGCUGGCGUGCAGGCUGGGGGGAGGCAGCUGGCUGUGCAAGCCCCGGCAGGCUCCUCACCUUUUGAGAAACCAAAAAUCGGAACCAAAGCCAGGCUGUCCCGGUUGUCCAGGUUGGAGACUGAGCCAGAAGAGGUACUCGCCUCACAGUGAGGCUGUCCAGUUACCUGAGAGCCUCAGAACCUCCUGUCAGCCAGAUGUCAUACCAGCCUGCUGUUGCCACCAAAAUGUCAAGAGAGAUGGACAAGCCACUGAUCAGCCUCCACCUGGUGGACAGUGAUACCAGCCUUGCCAAGGUCCCCGAUGAGGCCCCCAAAGUGGGCAUCCUGGGUAGUGGGGACUUUGCCCGUUCCCUGGCCACACGUCUGGUGAGCUCUGGCUUCAAAGUGGUGGUGGGGAGCCGCAACCCCAAACGCACAGCUGGGCUGUUCCCCUCAGCGGCCCAAGUGACUUUCCAGGAGGAAGCAGUGAGCUCCCCGGAGGUCAUCUUUGUGGCCGUGUUCCGGGAGCACUACUCUUCACUGUGCAGUCUCAGCGACCAGCUAGCUGGCAAGAUCCUGGUGGAUGUGAGCAACCCCACAGAGCAAGAGCACCUUCAGCAUCGCGAGUCCAAUGCUGAGUACCUGGCCUCCCUCUUCCCCACCUGCACAGUGGUCAAGGCCUUCAAUGUCAUUUCUGCCUGGACCCUGCAAGCUGGCCCAAGGGAUGGUAACAGGCAGGUGCCCAUCUGCAGUGACCAGCCAGAAGCCAAGCGUGCUGUCUCAGAGAUGGCAAUCACCAUGGGCUUCAUGCCUGUGGACAUGGGAUCCCUGGCCUCAGCCCGGGAAAUGGAGGCCAUGCCCCUGCGCCUCCUCCCAGCCUGGAAGGUGCCCACCCUGCUGGCCCUGGGGCUCUUCAUCUGCUUCUAUGCCUACAACUUUGUUCGGGAUGUGCUGCAGCCCUACGUGCAGGAGAGCAAGAACAAGUUCUUCAAGCUGCCCGUGUCCGUGGUCAACACCACGCUGCCGUGCGUGGCCUAUGUGCUGCUGUCGCUGGUGUACUUGCCUGGCGUGCUGGCGGCCACCCUGCAGCUGAGGCGCGGCACCAAGUACCACCGCUUCCCCGACUGGCUGGACCACUGGCUGCAGCACCGCAAGCAGAUCGGGCUGCUCAGCUUCUUCUGCGCCGCCCUGCACGCACUCUACAGCUUCUGCUUGCCACUGCGCCGCUCUCACCGCUACGACCUGGUCAACCUGGCGGUCAAGCAGGUCUUGGCCAACAAGAGCCACCUCUGGGUGGAGGAGGAGGUCUGGCGGAUGGAGAUCUACCUCUCCCUGGGAGUGCUGGCCCUCGGCACACUGUCCCUGCUGGCCGUGACCUCACUGCCGUCCAUUGCAAACUCACUCAACUGGAGGGAGUUUAGCUUCGUUCAGUCCUCGCUGGGCUUUGUGGCCCUGGUGCUGAGCACACUGCACACACUCACCUAUGGCUGGACCCGCGCCUUCGAGGAGAGCCGCUACAAGUUCUACCUGCCUCCCACCUUCACACUCACACUGCUGGUGCCCUGUGUCGUCAUCCUGGCCAAAGCCCUGUUUCUCCUGCCCUUCAUCAGCCGCAGACUUGCCAGGAUCCGGAGGGGCUGGGAGAGGGACGGUGCCAUCAAGUUCACGCUGCCCACAGACAACUCCCUGGCCGAAAAGACAAGCCACGUGUGAGGUGCCUGCCCUGGACUCUGAACACUAGGUACACAAGGGGUGGUGCCGUGAGCCUGUUGGUUUUCUUUUCUUGGUGGUGCAAAGCAGUAUAACUGUGUACAAAUAGGAGGUUUGAGGUCCAAAUUCCUGGGACUCAAAUGUAUGCAGAAUGACAUACACACAUAUGUGAAAUGUGUGUGAUAUGUAUUUACAUAUAUUCCACAUAUAUAACAGGAUUUGCAAUUAUACGUAGCUAGCUAAAAAGUUGGAUCUCUGAGAUUUCAAAGUGUAGAUUUAAAAGCAAGUGCCGUAAGUUAAGAGAAGAGCAGAUCAUGCUAUUGUGACAUUUGCAGAGAUAUACACACACUUUUUAUACAGAGAGGCUUGUGUCGUGGUAGGUUCAAUUUAUCCUUGCAUUCCCCACCCUCGCAACUCCCCUUUUGCUGCUUCCCCAAGGCUCUUGCAGAGCUGGGGCUCUAAGGAGGAGGGAGGACAACAGCUCUGCCCAGAGCCACACCCCUGCAGCCAUGCACAGGGCAGAAGAGCCACCAGUGAGCAGGGGCUAUGGAGGCCUGGGGGGAGCAAAAGCAGGGAGUCAGCCUGGAGUCUGUGCCUGGUCCUUUCUCCCACGGUAGGAGGAUGAGGGGGUUGGGCUGAAGCUGCUCCACCUCAUCCUUGCUGAGUGGGGGAGACUUUUUCCCUGAAAGUCAGAAGUCACCAUGGAGCCUGCAAAUUGAUCCUCCUGUGAGAGUGAGGUCACCUCCCUGCCAGAGCCAUUAGUGAACCCUGGCUUGAGAACAAGUGUUAAUUUCCUUCCCUCCUUUAAGCUGGUGAUGAGCUUCCUUUAAACCACUGUGCCUUCUCACCCUUCCCAUCUUUUGUUUGAAUGUCUCCCAGGAAGGCCUAGAACAGACCCUUUAGAAAUCAGCCCAAGGAGGAGAGAGAGAGAAAACACUCUAGGGAGUAAAGCUCCCUGGGCGUCAGAGUUGAGCCCUUCCAGGGACCCUGCCUGGCCUGAAGGACUGUCUUCAUUAAGUCAGUCCUGGGGAAAAAUACUGGGGACUCCAAAUGUUCUCUGGCAGAGGGCCCAGAAAACCACACUGGCUCCAACUUCCUCCUCAUGGAGCAUUACAUUUGAAAACAGUGAGGAGCAACUUUUCCACCAAAGCUACAAACCUAAAACGCUGCUGCCCCAAAGCACAAGAGGAGAGAGCACCACUGAAGCCACAGGGCAUCUGCCAUCCAGUCACAUGCCAUCCUCUCUGCUUCCUUCUGACUCUAGCUUACUUCCCCUGUGGAGAAGCAGGUGUUCUCAGCUGAGCCCCACCUCCCUGCAGAACCAGGUGAUCUUCCAUCAAAAACAGCACCUUUGAACACAAAGGGUGUGAGGUCUUGGUGAGUCUCCUGGGCCUAAACACAUCUUCUGAUGGAAGGAAGAGAGUAGGGCCAGUGAAGGCUUCCCAGAGAGACUGUCACAAAUGAGGCUGCCCCUGCCCCCCAGGGAGGCUUCACAAGCUCAUGUCUAUGGAGCACAUGAGGGUCUGUCAGUGAAAAGCUGGGGAAGCCUACUGCAAGGUUAGCUCGUUAGGCACAUGACUAAUGGAGGGAAGGCCAUGCCGGGAAAGCUCUUCCUGCAGGUAUUUUCCAUCUGCCGCACCAAGGCUGAGCAACAGAAGCUUGUCUCAUAAAUUGGCACUGAUGGAGCAUCAGCUGUGGCCCACAGAGAGCCUCUCCAAGAAGAGGGCAGAUGAAGCAGAGAUUUUAGCAUUGCCUUGGCAUAACGAGGGUCUGUCGAUUCCUACUAAUGAGAGGCAGGGAAAGCAUGGGCAAUGGAGACCCACCAAUGAUCCCCAACCACGGUGAGUACUGGCUACCUGCCCUGGGCCAGGGAAUGGCUCCUUAUACCAAAGAUGCUGACACAGAGCAGAACCCAGUGCACAUCCUCCCUGUCCCACCCACCUCUGGCUGAAGGUGCUCAUCAAGAGGGAAGCGAUUCCAAGGUGGGUGGUGGAAGGGAACAGGUGCCACCUGCUGGACAAUCAGCUCACGAUAGACAGGCAGGCUGUAUGCUGAGCCCUGAGUGUGUAUAUCCACUGCUCUCUUCCCUACCUCACCAGGCUACUGGCAGCAGCAGCCCCUGAGAGCACAUCACUCCCUACAGCCUGGUAAAUUCCAUGUGCCUCUGGGUACAAAAGUGCCUCAACAACAUGCUCUGGAAAUCCCAAAUGCCACGUUCUGAGGUUCAUGUCUAAUAUCUUUGCCUUGGAUAGAGUCUGUGUACUUUUUUUAGCCUGGUAGAUGGUCUAAAAAGCAGUGCAAAUAAACACCUAACCUUCUGC